GACGUACGAGAAUUCCGGCACAUGUACCGAUUACCCGCUCGCUAGAGUAACGUAUGCAGUUUUAUUUUAAUUCUUGAAUCAACACUUAAUUAUUAUUUUUUUUUUAAACAAAUAUGACUAUUGUUUAUAGGUUUAUCAAUCCAGUAUCUUGACUGUUUUCUGGUAAUUUGCGAAUGAUCCAAAUAACAAUGGCAAGCGAGAAAAGCUAGAUAAGCCGUUACAAAUUUAACUCGUUUGGCCUAAGCGAGUUGCGAGAUGGAGCGAUUACGAAGAACGUUAGGGGCGACUUUCCAUCGCCUGGUGCUCCCGGGUUCGAGUCCUACAUGUUAGAGAUGAGAAACUAGUGCGUGCGGAUGGUGUUGUGUUGGUGCGCGCGGCUUCCGUUUCGGGAACCUUCGAUCAGUCAAUUGGGCACGGCUUCAUUGUUCCGAGCCGACAGCUGCCGCUCUCUGACGGCGCAUGCGCAGAGCAGCGCUGCAGAUGCGCGCACUACUGUGGCGCAGCUGCCUUCCCCUCCCCUCCCACUGUCAUCCCCCCCUUAUUCAAGCGAAGCUCUUCCAGACUCGUACCCCCACCAGUCCUCUUUCCCCCCCCCCUUCUUGUUCUCUCUCCCCUCCCUCGCUCGCCUCCACCAAAGCGGUCCUUGUCGGCUCGGACGUCCACGUGUGUGAACUUUAGUCGCCGCGUCUGCAGUGCUCGCUUUAGUUAACUGUGUCUGUGAUGGAUCUGUGCAGUUAGUGAACGCAAGAAUUAAGACGCAGAGUCUCAACUUUUCUAGUUGUUGGUACUGAUUCCUCGUUAUAGGGGACUUUGUUGUUUAAUUUAGAGUAUCUCGUGGGAAGGCUGCAUAGCAUAUGUCUUGUUUCAUUAUAGAUAUGUAUAUUUUUAACUUUUGACGUUUUGUUGCGUCUUGCAGUUCAAGUGAAUUCACUAACAACGUGUAUUUUGGCUGUCGAUUUUAACUUCAACUUUUAAUGUGAAUAUUUAGCUUCACUAUUUUUUUUUUUUCACUUACCUAUUUAGUUAAAUCACAGUCAGUCGAAAAUGAUGGAAUUUUUUCCUGGAAAUAUUAUUUGUGGUUAUUAUUCAUAAUCGAUUUUUGUGUUUGGAGUGUACGGUAUAAUGUGUGGUAAUCUUUUUGGAAAUAUGUAGUUUUAUUGUACAACGGCGUUAUGCAAUGCAGCCAAGCAUAUUGUUUCGAAUGAAUUAGUGCAAGUUUUAUGUUAAUCGUUUGGUACUUAUGUAGGAUGUUCUGUUGCUGUUUUAGUAGCUUUUUUUUUCUUGGCGUAGGACGAAACGGUCGAUACGUUUGUAGAACGCACUUACGCGCCGUUUUCAUAAUAGUGUCGCACGGAAUUCCUUUUGUUGGCCUCGACUAAAGUCAGAAUUCACCCACGAACAUAACUGCAAAGAGCCGAUGUGAACUCUGCUGCAGGGCAGUCCAGACAGAGCGGUUGUUGAACCCGUCGUGAAUCAGGUUAGAGAAUGUCGACAUCUCGCAUCUUGGCCGCGGCCGCGUCCUUGUAGCAACAACUGGCGCUGGUUUUGUGCGCCGCGGUUCUAAAUGCCAGCUAUGCGUCUAGAGCCUCAACUUGAAAUCUUAAAACUUGCAGGGGAAAAAAUUUCAUAAUUUGGCUUGUUUGAAAAUUCGAAACAAAAUAACGUAAGGGCCUAGCCUUGUAUACACUUGAAAUGUGAAUCUUAGAAAUAUUUUUAGAAUUCAUAUAUUCUAAUAUGGGUAAAAAAUAUUGGGGGGGGGGGGGGGGGGGGCAACCAAAGGCAACCAAAGGCAACCAAAGGCAACCAAAGGCACCAAAGGCACCAAAAGAAGUGAAAAAUUGUAAAUUCUUCAUUUAGGUAUAUGCGUUGCGUACCACAGAACGUCCUAGGUUUGACACUUAUAAUUUUACGUUUAUCAUGCUGUAAAUAAAAUUGGAAGGACUCGUUAAUUAACAUAUAUCCAAAUUAAAUUUACUUCUCUAGUUUUCACACUAUUUUCGAGUGUUACGUGAAAAGACACCGCGCAGUAUUUCAAUUAGCCGGCAGUGUGCUCUUUCUAAGGUAGAGCGCUCUCGUCGUCAAAAAUGGUCAGACAGCGAGAUUAGCGAGCAGACGAGAGAUCAUGAAACUAUACGGUCGUGUUUGGAUAAGUGCUUGUCCGGAACUGGAAGUAAACGAAUUUAUGUACUCGUGUACUUAAAGUUAAACGACGCCAUUAUCUAAAAAAAAAAGUAAUUUGUAUUUGAUAUAUUUAAGUAAUUUAAAGACUUCAUAAAUAAUUUUCAAUUUAUAUUUGACUUUGACUGGUAUUUAUAAAUUGAAUAAAAAAAAAAUUAACGAUCGUGAAUCACGAAACAAGGUAGAAUAAAAGUAAUUUACCGUAAAUUCGUGCGACAUCAGUGAAUUUUUGAAAAUUAAAACUUUUACUGGCACAUUGCUUGUACAAUCAAAAAAUUUAUUUGUUGAAAAAAAAAAUUAAAAUAACCUGUUCGGCUGGCUAAUACAGUUUGAAGAAGCCAAAAAUUGAACCCGUCUGUAUUCGUACCACAAGGGCAAGUGAAGUGGGCAAGGUCGCAAGUACACAACUGUACUAUACGGACACGGUUUCUCUGAACGCGCCAUCUUUCGUUACAACUGCAGGUUAAUGGUACUGCAGGAAUUAGAUGCGUGAAUCGGUUAAAUUAAGGAAUACAGUGUACACACCGUUAUUUUUAAUUAAAAUAUCUAAUAAUUUGGAAGUAGACACUGUGACUUCUUAAAAUAGAUAUUUUAACAUGUAUCCUUAUUCCUGUUCCUUUUGUUUACCGAGAGAGUGCAUUGUCCUAACUAUAAAAGGGCGAGAGCGCGAGAAUAGUUUUCUCGCGAAAUUAUGUGAAAAAGCACUUGAAUAUUCUUUAAAUUGAGACACUGCACUAUAUUAUGUCGCCGCUUUGCUUUCGACAGUUCCGCCUCAUUUCGCCGAAAUAAGCCUGCAUUAUAUUUUUGGCAGAUCGUUGAAAUGACGUCACGUAAUGUGUACGUAGUACCUUUGAAACGCUUAUCAGGCAUAUUUAGACCUUUGGUGUAAUUUUCGUAGAUUAAGCACGUAUAUUAAGCAUAAUGCGGUAACUAAAUACGGUCUUGGAAGUUGUGAAUCGUAAAUCAUAAUUGGAAUAGUUUGUAAUCAUUAUUUUGUGUUGGUGCAUUUAGGAACUUGUCAUUGUUAUUUUCAAUGAAUGUAAAAUUUCGUUUAUCUAAUGUUUUUUUUUUCAUUUAUCAUAUUAGUUUUGUAGGAAAAUUAAAAUUUUUAAUACUAGCAUAAAAGUUUAUUGGCAAGGUGUACUAAAUUCAAGAAACGCAUUUGCCGAAAAUGUGUGUUCACAUAGGGCAUGAUAAAAUGUUGAAAGUGCAUAGAACCUUGAACGAAGAGAGACUACAAGAUACCCAUCAUGGCUCCAGUCGUCAGUUCUAACUGUUUACUUACUAAGGAGGCCAGCAGGGCGGUCGCGGAGAACGGCAAGCAGGCGAUGGCGAAGCAGCCGCCCCAGCCGCAGCCCCAGCCGCAGCCCGAGUCCCCCGGCGAGGUGCAGUUCUCGGGCCUCGUGUUCCAGGACGAGCAGCACAGUCACUGCACCAUGCAGGGCCUCAACAUGAUGCGCAAGAACAAGCACUUCUGCGACGUCAUCCUGCACGUUGGCAGCACGGAGUUCCACGCGCACCGUGCGGUGCUGGGCAGCGUGAGCCCCUACCUGUUCGAGCAGUUCACCGCGGACGACGAGAGCAAGGGCACUGCCCGCGAGAACGUGAUCACCUACAAGCUGAACGGCGGGUUCGACAAGUCUGCCCUCGAGAAGCUCAUCCACUACGCCUACACUGCGAGGCUGGAGGUGCCCGACUCGGAGGUGAAGGCGGUCUACCUCGCCGCCUGCCACCUCAAGAUGGACGCCGUGGUGAAGGAGUGCAUGCGCCACCUCAUCCGCGGCCUGAGCGUCGACAACUGCAUCGAGACCCGGUCCCUGCCGGGCAUGGCCCGCAACAAGACCUUCGUGUCGCAGGUCGAGGACUUCAUCGCCCGAAAUUUCGAGCAGGUGUCCAAGUCGAAGAUCCUGCUGUCGCUGGCGUGCGUGCGCGUGGAGGUGCUGAACCAGACGCGGCAGGAGAUGUCGCUGGUGGCCGGCGAGAGCGUGUGCCAGCUGGUGCUGGACUGGGUCCGGCGGCAGUGCGACCCAGAGUCCUUCAACGUGGACAGCAUCCUCGAGAAGACUCACCUGCUGUACCUGGCGAUGGACAACUCCCUCCAGGACUGCUCCGAGCUCCCCACGGGCGACCUCAGCGACACCGAGAUCGUCCAGGACUACAAGAAGAUGUCCAAGAAGACUCACAACAACCACAAGGGGCGCCGGAAGACCCAGCUGCAGCCGGCCAAGCCGAGGGUGCUCAUGUACUCCCGGGACAUCGGCCAGCGCACCGAGUCCGAGAAGGAGAGCGACUGGAACCUGAUCGUGUCUGCCAAAGUCGGCGACCACACGUUCAUGGCGCUGGUGACGCUGAGCGGGCAGCUGGCCACCAUGUCGGUGCAGCUGCGCCUGAACCGGCCGUCCAGCCCCUCGCCCGUGAGCACGCCGGAGGCCAGCCGGCCGGCCAGCGAGGAGAAGCCAGACCUGUACUGCCUGCUGGCCAGCAUGAGCUCCGUCAAGUGCUCCGUGGGCUGCGCCAACCUGGACGGCGCGCUCCUCGUCUGUGGCGGGUACGACCGCGGGGAGUGCCUCAAGGAGGUGGAGUGCUACGACCCGGACACGAACCUGUGGGUGUCCCUGGCGCCCAUGAGGGAGGCGCGCGGGCGCUUCGACGUGGCCGUGGUGAAGGGGCGCGUGUACGCUGUCGGCGGCAGCAACGGCACCAGCGAGCUGGCCACAGUCGAGAUGUACGACCCCGCGGCGAGGCGGUGGUCCAGAGUCACCUCCCUCCCCCUGGCCCGCUGCAACACAGGCGUGUGCGACCUGGACGACAAGAUCUACUGCGUGGGGGGCUGGAACGGCCAGGUGGGCAUCCGCCAGUGCGAUGUGUACGACCCCGUGGACGCGUCGUGGACCCAGAUCGCCCCCCUGCAGAUGGGACGGUACCAGGCGGGUGUCUGUGCGAUGGGUGGCAUGGUGUAUGCCGCCGGCGGCUGCGACGCGUGGAACUGUCUGAACUCUGUCGAGGUUUACGAUCCUCAGGUGGACACUUGGUCUUACCUGCAGAACAUGAUAACUGCCAGGAGGGGUUGCGGGCUGGCAGUUUUUGGUGGCAAGCUGUACGCGGUGGGGGGCUCGGACGGCACCCACUCGCUCAGCUGCACGGAGGUGUACGACCCCGCGGAGCAGGCGUGGAGUCCCGGCCCCAGCAUGACCACCCCGCGGGCGAACGUGGGCGUGGUCGUCAUCGGCCCCCGCCUCUACGCCGUCGGAGGGUUCUCAGGCAAAACAUUUUUGAACAGCAUUGAGUACCUGGAUGAAAAGACUAACGAGUGGACAACAUUUGUGCCGAGGAAGUUGGCCACCUCGGACCAAGUUGCGAAGAUAAACUGUCCAAUCAACGGAAGGGAAGACGACAGCUCUCCGAGGCGCGAAGAAGGGGGCGCGAAAGAAAACGGAAGCAGUUCAGAGUCCAGUUAACGCUCAGUGUCCGGGGUGCGGAGAGACUAGACGAAUCUGGCGUGGACCUCAGUUUUUUUUGUACAUUUUAAUCUUGCAAGUAAGUCCAAGCUCGUCAAAGUUUCGCCAACUCUCUCUUUCUCCCGUGGAAGUGGAAGUGUGUGUGUCACGCCCUUUCUACGUACCGAGUCAAGUAUUAAAUUUUCCGAGUACCUACUUUCGAUUGGAGAUUCCUCGCCGAUGCGGCUCACCGAACACUCGGCUGGUUACUGCUGUCGCGCUCGCUUGUUUGAAUUAUUUUUGCCCCACACGCAAGUCAUACUGGCAAGUUUGUUACAGGAAUUCCAAACGUAACGAAGUAGAAUCUCUUUACGAAGGAUAUGGGUCAUCAAGUUCACCGUUCAUUCAAGUGCUGAAAUUAUGUAAGAUGUAAUAAGUAUUAAAUUUAAAACAUCUGGCAGAGUUUUGUAAACACUGGUACUUUGUGCAUUAUUUACAGUACUUUAAAGUAAUGAGGUUUUACUGUUGUACUCAAAAAAUUUGCUCCCAAGAUGAUCCACCUUUCAGUCUUUCAUAUAGCUCGCUCAGCAAUGCAUGGCCACAAUCAAAGAUUUGUAAUUUUUUUCAAAUUCAUUAUGUUUCGGUUUGGUUUUAGGCCGUUCAGGCUUGUCAAGUUGUAUUCUAGAGGAGUUAAUAGCAUUGCUGACAGUCUUGCCAGAAAUCCAUUUCUGUGUCGUUUCUACCUACGUGGCAGCAAAUAUUAAUUUUGUUGUGUGUGAGUUUUUUUUUUUUUUUUUUUUCAUUUGAUUGGAAACUUGACAGUGUUGUAGUAUGUAGUUUACAAAAAUGUUAUAAAUUAAACAUCAAAGCAGUCACAGUA